AUGUCACCGCGGGUACCUGAUAACUGGGCGGCCAUGGCGUUUGCAAGUAACUUAAAAGAAAAAAGCUCAGAAGUCAUGAGGAGGCUCAAGGAAAGCUUACGAGAAUUCCCUGCUAUAACUUGGAAUGAUAUUUACAACAGGUAUAGUACGAAGCUGCGGAUAGAGGAAGACACUAUCACUCAAUCACGGGGAGAUGAAAGAACAAGUUCGAGGCGACCAGAAACUGAAAAAGGUCCGAUAAGAAUAGGUACGAACCUUACAUGGGACCAGCAGGACGGGAUUCACGUUCUAAACAAGAGAAUCCGAGGUACGAUUCUAUAUCAAGAGAUAGAGAUGUGGGUUCAUCAUCCAAGUUUGGAAAAGAGCGAGAUACGCGGGAUGGCAAUGUUAAUACAAAGGCAAAGAUUGGUGAUUACAGUUUCAAUGUUAGCACUUCUGAGUUGUGAGAGGGGUAAGCAAACGUAUAUGAACAAUAUACAAGAGCCACCAAAACCUCCAUCACCAAAAAGAACGGUUAAUGUGAUAAGCGGAGGAGAGAAGGUCAACGGUGUGACAUAUAUGGCAGCAAAAAAGACAUCAAAAGUCACGAUUACCCACAAAAAGCAAGUUCACCAAGUUUUGGAAAAAGAUAGCAUAACGUUUGAUGAUGCAGACGCAAAUGGCGUGAUGACCCCUCACAACGAUACACUGACGCAAGCUGAUGACAAAAUGGUGCCCAAAGCACGAACCUUAUCUGGAUUCGACAAUUCAAGUGUUGUUACAAAAGAGGAAAUAGUGCAUACCACAUUUGCAGGAGGGGUUGUCAAGGAUACGAAAUUUCAAGUGAUAGAUACGGAUAUGGCGUAUAACAUGAUUCUUUGCAGACCUUGGAUUUAUGAUAUGGAUGUUGUUUCGUCUACUUUACAUCAAGUUAUUAAGUUCCCUUCACAAUGGGGGAUUAGACAAAUAAGUGGUGAUUAG